AUGACAGGGGUCGGUCCCGUCGUCUCCCCGAAUUCCACGGGUAACCCUUGUCAGCUAUAUCUAGUGAACGUAUAUUCAUACUGUUUUACUUUUCUUCAGAGCAAUCCUUGUAAUGGUGGAUUAUGGGAUAGAAGACAUAAAAUAUGUACAGAGUCAACCAGUUCGAACACAAUCGGUGGACCAAUUACAGCCGAAUUCGAAGAUCGUUCAACGGCUUCAACAAAGCAAGAUACAGAAUCCGUUACCAUUGAUAUAGCAGAAAUAACAGCAGCUUCUGCUAUCAUUGACAGCACAAUCAACAGCAACAACAACAACGACGCUGAGAACAACAUAACCAGAACUACACCAUUACUUUCACCAACAACUGCGCAUGCCAACACGACCCCAGAUGUCAGCACCUGCUUACACUGUGGUUGCGUCAAUUAUGCAACUGUAGGAGCCUCGUCGCUCGUGCGGUUUAAAUUUCAAACCAAGCAGAACAAAAGUCUUCUGUGCAUCAUGGACCCUACGAACAAUCUCCUUUGGACCGUGAUUCAGAGGCGAUACUCGAAUGGAAUACAAAACUUUGACAUGACUUGGACUGACUAUGAAAGUGGAUUUGGGUCUCUGACUGAAUUCUGGAUAGGCAAUGCGUAUAUCCAUGAGUUGACAACUGACCUCGGACAAAAUCAUCUCCAGAUUGAAAUCGUUACCACAACAAACGAAAAAAUAACGACCGACUACGCGUUUCACAUUGAUGACGUCAACAACGAAUAUCGCCUGCACGUCUUCGACUUUGUCGGAUUGCAGGGGGACCCGUUCACAAACUCUGGAAGUUGUACAGAAUGCGCCAACGGAAUGAAGUUCACCACAAGAGACCGAGACAACGACAACGAUCCCAAUGUCAACUGCGCAUCAUCCAGCGGAGGCGGAUGGUGGCAUAACGCGUGUCAAAGGUCAAACCUGAAUGGACGAGCGGGGCAGACUAAUUACAGGCAUGGACUUAACUGGGACGGGUUAACCGACAUCUCUAGUGUGGAAAUGAAAGUUAGGAAACCUUGACUAGUUCAGAGUUUCAUGGUCGAGCAUUUAUGCUUCUCUUUUUCAUUACUUCAUCGUGUUUUCCUUAAAGAUUAAUGCAUUUUAAUAGAAGGUGUAAGUGUGA